UCAGGACUGGCUCAUCCAGCACAUGAAGAGAAUGUUCCAAUAUCAGGACUGGCUCAUCCAGCACAUGAAGAGAAUGUUCCAAUAUCAGAACUGGCUCAUCCAGCACAUGAAGAGAAUGUACCAAUAUCAGGACUGGCUCAUCCAGCACAUGAAGAGAAUGUUGCAAUAUCAGGACUGACUCAUCCAGCACAUGAAGAGAAAGUUCCAAUAUCAGGACUGGCUCAUCCAGCACACGAAGAGGUAGCCACAUUAGAAAAAGCUCACCAUGAGGAAGGAAUCCAAACAAAAGAGUUUGUUGAAGCAGAUAUAACCAUCCAACCCCAGCAUGAAAACACAUCCAACUCUCCAUACCGUCCAUUUAUCGUCCAGUACACCAAGACGCUGGAGGAUCAGUCUGUCCCCAGUGGCACCGCACCGCAGUUCUUCUGGCCAUUUCAACCUGCAAAGGGUCGUCUAAAGAACCAAAGCAAAUGUGCCAGCCCAAUCAAGAAGGCUGUCUCUGAGAGGAACCACCUGAUCAAAAAACUGCAAUCCAACAGAUUGGCAGUGAUGGAGCAACAGAACCUCCAGUGUGAGCCCAUUGCUGAAGAUUGCAUAAACCCGGAUGUGGACCCUAUUCUGGAAAGCUCUCUCAACAAAGUCUGGACACUGUAUCAUCUUGCUCAAGAGAAAGACAGUGCCAACACUGAGCACGCAGGACCAGGGGAUGUCUUGUUGGAAAGGAGGACCUCCCACCAUUCAGAUGACUCAAGUCAACUAUGUGGACAGACACAGGAAGAGUCAGGCAAGAAAACCAAGUCUCAAAAAUAUGACACGCCUGUUCCUCACCAAAUGAAAUUUCCCAACUAUCUACUUGUGGAAUGUUCACCCCAGACCUCAGAUUAUUCUCAAGAGAGCAAGGAAGCUAAUCAAGACAGUUGUACUGGUCUCUUGUCCAUCUCAAUGCCGAUUGACAGUUUCUGCGGGGUGGAGUUGAGCUGUGGACCGCAGUUUCUGGAGGUCACAAGCAACGAGGGGGGAGUGGUCUAUUCCCCUGCAUUACAGACAAUCAACCCAUCCAAACCUUGUGAAGAUGAAGAUGCGAAAAUGACAGAAACACACCAGACAACUUCACCAUCAAAAAUGAAAUGGUCUUUAAAAAUCAGCCUAAAGGCACAGACGGAGGGGGGUGAAGCUCCCCACGGAAAGUGACAGAUUAAAUGUUUUUC